AUGUCUUCAGCUUUUCACAGGUAUCGAGACCGCCAUGAGUCCUUCUGCCGAGUGUUCAAUGUGCAAGGAAAGAGAUGUACAUGGCCAUAUAGAGUGAUACCUGCGAAGGCCAUGGCACAGCUAGGGUUUGAGUACCAGCCCACCUUCAUCGGCGAGGCUCUGUGCAGGGAUUAUGUGUCAUGCUGCUAUUGCGGAUUGAAUACCUACAAUUUCCACGAGUGUCGAGCCAAGGCAUUAACACUUACAUUAAGCAAAGUACUCGAAAAACACCUGAAGCUAAGCCCUGGUUGCCUCAACUCUGCUCUCAAGCUCGUGCUGAUGCGGUCAUAUUAUAAGGCAAAGCCGAUUGAUUGGUCUAUGGAAGCGCCAUUUAGUGACCCACACAGCGAAGACAUGAUUAGUCUGCGGCAAUGGACCUUUAAUGAGGGCUGGAGUCAUUCCGAACAGCCUGGAUUGUCUGCAGAGUCUAUGGCAAAAGCUGGGCUUUUGCGCUACGACCUUGGGCUUCCGUCUUCUGAGCUUCAGGAGGACCAUAACGAUACUACGUAUUGCGUGUACUGCAGCAAAAUUAUCGGAUCCUGGGAAGUUGGUGACGAUCCAAUAUGGGAGCAUUUUGUGUGCUGUAAUGGGGGCAAUUGCCACUUUUUCGAAACAAUGCCAAAUCAACUACUGCUUGAAAGCUUGAAAGCUAAGCUCAUGAAUUCAAGCCUUAGUACUGAUGUCAAUACUCCCCCUUCCUUAGACUAUUACGAAAUGUUUGGCUCUCUGCUCAAAAGGUUCGAGGAACAAACUACAGUAGAGGAGUCCGUAAUCAAGAGAGGCCGCCCUAGGUCCAGUCACAUUAACGAGUUACCACACGAACCCCGCAAGCGUGGGAGACCGAAAAAGCAGCGGAUAGUUGGAGAAGGAGACCAUGAAAAUUCAACCGAGGGGGCUCCACAGUCUACAGAGAAAGAAGUUGUGGUCAAACGGAAGCGAGGAAGACCUAAGAAAAUAAUCGAUGAAUCCUCAGCAGAAAUCAAACCAAAACGGCCCAGGGGCCGGCCGAAGAAAGACGCACCAAUACCAAUAACUCAAUCAAUUGAGCUCCCGAAGGUUUCUGAAGAUUUGCUGUCGCAGGGCGAUCCAGAGGGGACAAACAUUUUAGAGCCUUUCGCUGAUAAAGAGCAGUCAAAUCUCUCAGAAAACCUACCGAAAGGAUCAAGUUCACUUAACUCAGACUUUGCUCAAAGAGAGAUCUCAGCACCACCUUUUGCAGGGAAAGAAAGCAGCACAUCACCAAGAAGGCGUAUCAAGUUAAGAACCAAUUCCAAGACUCCGAUGCUUGCCGAAGAUGAAUUGAAUGAGAGCGACACCAACUCUACAAAGAGUAUUAUCGUCAACUUCAAGUCUCGGUCUCCUCAAAAAGAGGACACAGCUCGAAACCCUAUUAUUGACGAUAGCUUUGAUGCGUUUAGUUUCAGUGCACAUGGGAAUAGCGAGUUCAUUAUUCCUGAGAACGCGUUCCAGCUGCAUCUCAACAAAAAAGGAUCAUCAGCCGAAAAAUUCCCCAGCACGCCUGUUAAACAGGCGCUCAUCUCCGAAGGAAGUGUUGAAAUGAAGAAUCCCUCAGGCAGCCAUGGCAAGUCGUCUUCAGGCAUUUUGGACAAAAUUGACAUGGACGUCGAAAUAAGUGAUUCUUCGGAUGACAGUCCUGGAAGAAAUAGCUCGAAAUCAGAGGGCUCGAGCCCUAUCCACACCCCUGUACACCGCACCGAAGAAAGCCCGGGAAAGAGCUCUUUCAAAGGAGGCAAAUUCAGCUCAGCUGGACUUCUUAGCGAGAAUGCUUCACUGCCAACCGUCAAACCCUCUUCUGUGUCUGUUAAUGAUGGUGAGCAUCCAUUUUUCGGAGUAGGACUAUUGGAAAAUUACGCAUCUAAUACCAAAGGUACUAAUAAGGUACUUCAAAGCCCGAAGGCUACUACUGUGAGCUCAGAGCAGCAUUUUGUCAAUGAUAGAGUGCCAGAGAAGAAGACUGCAACAUUUCCAAUCGAACAAGCGCCCGGUUCUCAGCCAUUUUCAAUCGGUUCAGGAUCAGCUGCUUUACCCAUUCCCAACGAAGAAUCUACUACAAUUUUCAAAGAAACGUUGGGUCCAGAAGUAACCACUACUGGCGAGGAACAUUCGCUGUCUAAACCAACGGAGCGGGACUCAGGCCAGACCGGUAAUCCUAGUUGUUUGGAGAAGUCUCUCAACUCGAUAGAUGAGGAUAGAAGGGUUCUCAGUCAUUAUUUUCACAACCUCUUAAGAUACAUUAAUCUUAAUGAUGCUUCGCUGGCUAAUGAGGCCGACGGUGACCUCAGUUUCUUUGUUAAGCAUAUGCCUGAAGAUGAGAAGAGGCUUAGCUUCGCUGCUUGGUUAGACGAGAAAGUUGUGGCGUUAAAGGAAGAGUUCAAUAGAGAUUACAAGUUAAAAAUUGUGAAACUAGAAGAGCAAUUUCAGUCAGCCCAAACCUUUGUCAGAAACCUAGACAGCGAGGAGGCCUUGUUGGGAAUAGCAAAAGAGUACAAUAUAGAUUUGCUCUCCCCAUCCCCAUGA